UGGUACUGAGAGCAAUGGAAUUCCAUUGGAACAAGAUUGAGGCAGUCUGCAACAUAUCAAAAGAAUACUUCAAGGAGAUUAUCACCUUCCUCCUAGAAUCAGGUUACUUCAUGUUCGAUGGCAGUUUCUAUUUGCAGAUGUUUGGGUGCAUUAUGGGAUCCAGACUUAGCCCGAUUUUGUCGUUGUAUGUGAUGGACUAUGUGCUCGACUCCUGUAUACCUAGAUUAACAUUCACACUUGCAUUUAUAAAAAAAUAUGUAGACGACCUAAUAAUAUCCCUACCAUCAACGGGAACUGAAGAGAUAUUGCAAGUUUUCAACAGCUUCGACCCCAAAUUAAAGUUCACGAUUGAAACAGAAGAUUGUUACAACUCUGUUCCGUUCUUAGAUACCAAGGUAUGCCGAGUGGAUAAUAAAGUAAAAUUAAACUGGUAUAGAAAGACGACUUCUGCAGGAAAGUUUAUACAUUUUUUAUCUGACCAUCCAAUGAGCAUAAAAUUAAAUUUCAUUAAAGAACAAAAAAACAGGAUUUAUAAAAUCUGUGAUCCAACAUUCAGAGAUGGAAGCAUGAAAAGACUGUUUGAUCUUUUAGUUGAGAAUGCCUAUCCUAAAACAAUGUUGAAAAAACUUCUAUAUUCUACUUCAAUGUUGCCUUCGACUGAAAGUCAAACACAACCUGAUAUGGUGGGAGAAACAGAAGUUGUGAAAUAUAGAAGCAUCCCUAACAUCCCUUACCUUACCUACAAAAUUAAAAAUUGUUUUAAAGAUUAUAAUAAAAAAGUGAAAAUAGUAGCACAGUGCAAAAAGAAAGUGGCAAAUUUAUAUUCAAAACUGAAGGACCCUAUACCAAAAGAAAUAAAAUCGAAUGUGGUGUACGAACUGGAAUGUACUGACUGUCAUGAAACCUACGUAGGUCAAACCUCUCAGUGGCUUAGAAAUCGCAUGAACUUACAUAAAAGUGAUAUUAGAACAAAUAACCUGAGAUGUGCAUUAUCUGUUCAUGCUAAUAAGUACUCACACAGUGUUGAUUUUAAUAACGUAAAAAUUUUAGAUGUAAAUGUAAAUUAUAAAAAAAGAUGUAUACUAGAAAUGAUCCACAUACAAACUCAAAAAAGUAAAAUUAACAAGAAAACGGACACGCAGAGAUUAAGUCCAAUAUAUGCAUAUCUCAUAGAAUUUUCUAACAGACCAUUUUUCGAUGGUCCAGUUGAUGGAUGACAUUUAACCUAACUUUGUUUAUUGCGUAUUAUGAUAUUGCGUUUCUUAAUUGAUAAUCAUUUGAUAUUGCCCUGUUUGAUGCUUGUGUCUGAUUUUGUACAAUUCUUAGACUUAGAGAUUAACCUCGCAUUCAUUGCCCUGAGGAAGAAGCAAAAUAAGCUUCGAAAGCUAGGCUUUACAUGAAUAAAGAGUAAAUAUAUCUCGUUAAUUGCUGA